AUGAUUGGGGAGGAGCCUAGACCGAGUGACCCUGCCCUGCAGGAAGAUUGGGACGAGCGUGCCUCGGCUGGCUACUACUUGAUGUCGCAGAGUUUGGAGCUGAACCAGCGUCAUCACGUCAUGCACCUGCUGCCGGAGGUUGAGUGCGGUCCGAAGGCGUGGACGGUGUUGAAGGAGCUGCACGCCCCUACCUCCGUCGCUGCGACGCUCAUGAUGGAGAGGGAGCUGUCCGCGUUGCGCCUGAGCGAGGGAGAGCCGGUGCAACCCAUCCUGGACAAGAUGCGUGAUCUCUACGCGAAGCUGGCGAUCGCGGGAAUCACCUACCCGGAGCAGACCAAGUGCCUGAAGAUGCUCUCGCUGCUGCCAGAAUCGUGGCUUCAAUUCACGAGCGGAUUGAGCUUGAAGCAGAACCAGAGCUUGUGGACGCUCGAGUGGGUGCAGACGAAGAUUCUGGAGGAGGACUUCCGUCGCCGCCAACUGAGGGGUGGAGACGACGGCAGCAGCGGCUACGGGAUGCAAGGGAGCCGACGUGGCAGAGGACGUGGCUUCAGUGGUGCUGGACGCGGUGCAAAGAAAGACGAUGACUCCAACGACCAACAAGGAGGUACCGGUUGGGGUCGCGGUGCGAAAUCUGGACGUGGGGGCAAGUCGGGUGCUGGUGGCAAAAUGAAAGGGAGUUGCUGGUAUUGUGAGAAAGAAGGGCACCCCUGGUUUUUGUGCUAUAAGAAACUCGAUGGAUGGACCCCCCAGAAUCGUCACCAGGAUGGCGGCGCGCGGAGGAACCAGAAAAACGGCGCCAACAUGGUCGCUGAUUCGUCCGACAACAACCCGAAGGGCAACGGCGGUGCGGAGAAGAAGAAGGAGCGCACCGCGGGCCAAUUCUUCCAUGUGGGAGACAAAGGGGAGCAAGGAGACGCCUCUGCCAAAGUUGGAGCAGAGCUGCACCCCCUGGACUAUUGGGUGGCUGGUGCGGGACGAGCUGCGUUUAAGGGAGCGGAUGGCAAGCCGGUGGUGCUGCACGACGUUCUCCUCGUCCCCGACCUGAAGGCCAACCUUAUCUCCCUCCGUAAGCUUGGCAAGGCUGGGGUGAACACCAACACGGAUGGGGCACGCACUUAUAAGGGGAAGCUGGGCAAUCAAAUGCUUUGGGAUCUGCACGAGAGCAAGGACGUGUACAGAUCUAUGUGGCAGCUGCCGGCCCUGGCGUGGCAUGGUGGGGGGCAGGCUGGAGAGGGGUCUGCAUCCCAAGGGGAGUGCAACGCCAUUGGAUGGGUUGGUGUGAAAGUGUCGGCCAGAUCUGGGGAGACAGAUUGGGCAACGGCACACCGGCGCUUAGGGCAUGUGGCAAUGCCUUUGCUGAAGCAGCUGGAGAAGGAUGGAGCCGUUCAGGAUCUGAAACUGAACAAACAGCCACCCGAUGAAAACUGUGAAAUCUGUUUGCUCUCAAAGUUCACCCGUUUCCCCUUCCAUAGUGUGGCUGGCAAGAGCAAGAAGCCGCUGGAGCUGGUCCACAUGGACUUGGUGGGGCCGCUGUCGGUGCAAGGGCACAAGGGGGAGCGGUAUUUUCUAACCAUAGUGGAUGACUGGAGCAGGCUAAUGUGGGCGUAUCCGCUGAAGCAGAAAGAUCACGCCGCCUCCACGAUUCGGGACGAUUGGCUGCCGUUCGUGGAGAAGCAAGCGGAGUGUGUGGUGAAGCGGAUCAGGACAGACCGGGGUGGUGAGUUCCUUGGAGCUGAGAUGACGGCCUGGCUCAAGAAGCAGGGCAUUCAGAGGGAGCUGUCCAUUGCUUACACCCCACAGUCCAACGGUGUAGCAGAACGGGCGAACCGGACUAUUCUAGAGACAGCUAGGGCGCUGCUCAUAGAAUCUGGGCUUGGAAACUUCAUGUGGCCUCACGCUGUCCGGCACGCUACCGUCGCUAGGAACAGGGUACUCACCAAGGUUGGUAAUGACUCGUGGGUGCCGUUGGAGAGGUGGCUUGGGAGGAAGCCGCCGGUGGACAUGCUGAGGGUGUUUGGUUGCAUGGCAGUCGCCCACGUCCCCAAGCCCUACCGCAGUAAGUUGGGGGCGAGUGCAAUCUGGUGUGUGCAUUUGGGACUGGCAGCUGAGAGCAAGGGAUGGCUGCUGUGGGAACCAUCCAAGGGUGUGUUUUUUGACAGCAGGGAUGUGAAAUUCAUUGAGGGCAUGAUGUAUGGGAGCUGGGAGAAACAACCAGAGGCAAGGGUGUACCAACAGAUGGAGCAGAUCACCAUGCAGCUGGACCUGACUCCUAGUGUGUGGGAGGAGGGAGAGGAGGCAGCUGCGGGGAAUGGUGAUGGAGAAAAUGUACAGGAGGCACCUGCUGGUGGAGGAGAGGCUGGCGAUAGCACUAGUGAAGCUGCUGGAUCCGAGGGAGGAAAGCAGCAGCAGGGGAAAGCUAAGAAGCCGAAGGGUGUCGUUAUGAAGGGAUGGGAGACACCCGUCUCCAGGCCAGGACGUACCCGUAUGGCUACUAAGAAGCUGACUGCAGGAUCAGGUGUAGCGGAGCAGCAGCUUGGGACCGAGGAGGCAAUGCUGAUUCUACCUCAUGGCUAUGACCCAGAUGAGGAGGAUGAACCUGCCUACUGUUUUAUCGCCCCUGCACCAGAGGAACCAGCUAGCAUGGAGGAGGCAUUAGCUGGACCAGAUAGGGACAAGUGGCUGGCUUCUAGGGAUGCUGAGUACCAGAGCCUGCUGGAGAACGGGACUUGGGAUCUAGUGGUGCUGCCUGAGGGAAAGAAAGCAGUACAGCAGAAGGAGACGUGGGACUUCAAUGAGAUCUUUGCUCCCACUGCUAAACCCCCUACCCUUCGUGUCUUGUUGGCAGAUGCAGCUGUUAGUGGGAAAUUCAUUAUCCAGAUGGAUAUAUCAACGGCAUUCCUCAACGGGAUUUUAGAGGAGGAGGUGUUCAUGACGCAGCCGCCUGGGUAUGAGGAUGGUACGGGCAGGGUGUGCAAGCUGAAAAAGUCCAUCUACGGCUUGAAGCAGGCGCUAUGCUGUUGGUACCAGAAGUUGGCAGCUGUUUUAGAGGAGAUAGGGUUCAGGACCAGCAGCUGUGAUGAGAGCCUCUUUCUCAAGGGGGAGGGGGAGGAGCUGGUGAUGUUUCUGGUCUACGUGGACGACAUUCUUCUCUUCAGCAGCAGCAUGAAGGAGAUCCAGAAAGUGCAGCAGCAGCUGAUGGAGAACUUCAAGUGCAAGAACCUUGGGGAGGUAAAGUACUACCUCGGGAUGCACGUGGAGAGGGAUCUGGAUCACAGGUUGCAACUCCCCUGCCAGCAGAAUUUAAGCUUGUGA